AUAUAAAGACUGUGCAUAGGAAACUAGUCUUUUCACAAAACAAACCCAUUACUUCCCAUAUAAGAUCUCUACUAAACUUGUUUUCCUCAGCUCAAAAAAAACCAAGAACCAAACAACGAUCAAUCAUGGCUUCAAUUAAUAGCAAAUCUUUCUUCACUUCUCUAAUGAUUAUUGUGGCACUUUUUUUUGGAGUUGGAGUGCAGGGAGCGGUUCACAAAAUCGGCGACUCGAGUGGAUGGACCAUGAUGGGGGUGGAUUACCAAGCUUGGGCAUCUUCAAGAACUUUUCAGGUAGGAGACUCACUGAUCUUCGAAUACAACAACGAGCUCCACGACGUCACUGAAGUCACUCCACACGACUUUGAGCUAUGCUAUUCGUCUAAUCCGUUAGCGAGAUACCAAACUGGAUCAGACACGGUAACUCUAACCAAACCUGGAUUCCAACACUUCAUAUGCGGAGUUCCUGGUCACUGCGACAUCGGACAAAAGCUUGACAUCCUCGUCUUCCCCGCCUCGUUGGGUCCAGUGGCUGCUCCAAUUCCAGGACCAGUCAGAUCACCAAGAUCUUCUAUGUCUCCUUCACCUUCUCCCUUGGCUGAUUCUUCACCUUCUCCCUUGGCUGAUUCACCAACAAGUGCUCCACAGUUUCAGAUGGGACCAUCACCUCUUUGAAAGGCUAUCUUGGUUUCAGUUUGUUGGCUUUGAUCUUUUGUUAUUGCAAUCUUGUUGACACUUUUUAUUGCUUUGAUUUUUAUCAUUGUAAUUAUUUUCUU